AGCCAAUCAUUUCCAUGUGGAUCAGCGCAGCGUGAUGACGUCACCUUUCGGCGCCCGUGUGAUGUGUUUUUAAGCCCCGCAGCAACGUGCAGCCUGAUGUGCAGCGUUUAUACUGGGGGAAAAGUCCCAGCUGUGAGUUGAUGUGGACCGGGGAGGAAAGUUAGAAGCCUGACAUGACAUCUGCGAUCCUCUCUGCCAUAAAUAUCCUGACCAAACCUCUGGGCGAGGCGUCUGCGCAGGCUUCGCAGCAGGAGGCCCUUCAUGCUGCCCUGGGGGCCAACAGGGCCCUUCUUCUGGAGCGGCUUCAGAGCGACAGCAGCCUGCAGCCGGUGAGGAGCCAGAGGGAGGAGGUGAAGGCAGCAGCCGGCUGGUUCUGCAGCGAGACCCACGACGUCACGUGGAGCUUCGUCCAGGAGUGUCUCCUGCUCCUCCUCACCUUAACUCGACAUCUGACCGAUGAACUGAAGCGCUUCCAGGAGGCCCCGCCUCCUUCAGGAAAUCUCCGCACACCGGAGAUGGCCCCGCCGUUGCCCCCCGACGUCCUGAGCGUCUCCCAGCAGAAGACGCUGGGCGCUGCCCUGCAGUUUGUGGUUUCUCUGGGGCUCUGCCCCUACCUGGCCGCGGGGGUUGGGGUCCCACUGGGUCGCAGGUCGGCGUUCGGUUCUGUGGUGGAGAAACUGAUCCGGAGGGAGGCGUCGCCCCCCGCUGGACGCCGUCUGCUGACCACAACGAGAGUCCUGCUGCAGGCGGCGGAGUUGGCGACUCUGGCCACGCUGGUGUUCACGAGACAUCUGGGGGACGUGAUGGCGGCGCUGUGUCAGCUGGGCUACGAGCCGCACCGAGAGGAGGACAGGCCACUCAGGCCUGAAGAGUGUCGAUCGUGUAAAGAGGCCCUCAGGAACCUCCUUGGAAAAGUCUACCAGCCGAUCGUCGUCAAGGAGCUGCUGAUCCUUCAGGGUGGACCCAAACAGUCGGGCCCAUCCGGGAGCUCCGUCGGAUCCAGCAGCAGCAGAGCCGCCCUGGGAUCAGCUCCGGCCUGGCUGAGGCGUCUCUGCGGCCAGCUGCUGUCCGAGCGUCUGAUGCAGCCGAACGGUGUGCAGGCGGUCGUCAGAGCCAUCCUGGAGGGAGGAACGGGGGGCGACUCGGAUUGGAGGAAAUGUGACGCUGUGGCCCGGAUCCUGGUGGCCUGCCCCCAUCAGUCGGCGUCAGCAGACGGCUACUUCAGGCUGGUCUGUCCUCAGGUUCUUGAGCUCCUGCACAUCCGAGACAAGCUGACGGCCCUGCAGUUCCAGCGGGUUGCCACCAGAGCGGCGCUCUUGAUGGUGCAGGAAAGGCCCGGCUUUGCCCAGCAGUACCUGCUGGGCCCCCUGCUGGCUCCGCUGCGCCGGUGCAUCACCGCCUCUGCUGAAGAGCAGUCGCAGGUCGCUGUGGAGGAGUCUGAGCUCACUCGCUGUUUGGAGGACGUCUACAAGGUCUGGGUGGUCGGAAACAGCCCGUCUGCGGCUCUCCUCGCGGCGCUCGAAGAGGUUGUUCCUGUCGUCUUCACGCUUUUCUGUUUUACCAAACAGAACGUCUCCCAUCUGCGCGGACCCUGUCAGGAGAUUCUGCUCUGGUUCCUGAGCCAUUCAGAGACGUCUGCGUCGCUGUCGUCGCUCCGGCAGCUCUCCGGCCUGAGGGAGCGUAGGAACGACGUGGCGGCGGAGUUCCAGUUCGCGGCGGGGGGCGGUGGAGGCGUCCGGCUCCGCUGCAGACAGACCUGCAGUGAUGAAGACGAGGAGCUGUACGAGAAGCUGUCUGGGGAACAGUGGAGGCUGGAGUGUCUGAUGCAGCUGCUGGCUCAACUCAAGGACUCGGACCUGCCUGGGGAUUUCUUCCUGGACCUGCUGCAGGAGCUGACCAGUUGGGCCGCAGAUGAAGAGACGGAGGGUGACGACGAGUUGGAUGUGGCGGCCAUGACGCUGCUGGAGGUGGAGCGGCAGCUGCUGGGCGGAGCCGAGAGACGGGCUGGGCGGCUGACUUUGCUUCAGGUGCUGGCCGUGAUGGUGGAGUGUCUGCAGCACGACCGGCUGCUGAGGAGGACCUCACAGGUUGUGGACUUCAUGGUGUCCUUGCUGCAGAGGGCCUGCGUGGGGCUGGGUGCGGCCGCGGGGCCCAGCGUGGGGAACCCGGUGGAGAGCCAGACGCUCAGCAUGGGGAUGGGCCUGGUGGCGACCCUGCUGUCUGCGCCUCAGGUCAGCGCAGAGGACUACUCCUGCAUGUCCAGGCUGCUCCCGCCUCUGGAGGCGCUCUCUCAGCGGCACCCCGACGCCGUCGUCCAGGAGCUGGCGUCCAACCUGAGAGCCGUCAUCGCCACCCGUGGCGCCUGCCGUCCUGACGAUCUUGCAGGUGCGGCGGCCGCUCGGGGCUCCAGGGAGCCUGAGAGUAAAGGAAACAACCGGCAGACGCCUGCCAGCACCGGCAGCAGCUCCCCACAGCAACCCUGUCCCACAGGAGGGGGGGGGAGGACCAGCGCCGGUGGCCCUGAUCCAAACGACAAGCCCUUCUCUGAUUGGCUGCUGGAGGCGUGUGACCCGGACGUGCCCACCCGGGCCUUCGCCCUGAGGGUCCUGACCCAGAGGGUGCGGCGCAGAGACCCAGAGGCCGUCCAGGCUCAGGAGAAGGUCCUCACGCUCUUCCUGGAGAACCUGGAACACGAGGACGCUUUCGUCUACCUGUCGGCCAUCCAAGGUCUGGCUGUUCUGGCCGACUCCUAUCCGGGUCGGAUCCUCCAGAGGCUCCUGAAGGAUUUCCAACACGGCCCGUCGCUGCCUUCGUCCAACAAGGAGCGCUCCCUGGAGACCCGGCUGAAGGUGGGAGAGGUCCUGAUGCGGGCGAGCAGAGCGAUGGGGGAACUGACGCCCCAUCUAGGCCGUCCUCUGGUCAGCGUCUUCCUGCGGGGAACCAGGGAUUCGGACCAGAGUGUCCGGGCCAGCAGCCUGUCCAACCUGGGGGAGCUCUGCCAGAGGCUGGACUAUUCUCUGGGACCGCUGGCACAAGAGCUGAGCUCCUGUCUGACGGCUCUGAUCAAAACGGAGAAGGAGGCCGAGGUGAGGAGAGCUGCUGUCCACGUCGUCGCUCAGCUGCUCCGAGGCCUCAGCGAUAAAACCACCCAGGUUCUCCAGGACGUCCUCCUGGACCUGUACAGGGCCCUGAAGUGGGUGGUGCGCUCAGACCCGGACGAGGUGGCGGUGCUCCACGCGCAGCUGGCUCUGGAGGAGCUCGACGACGUGAUGAGGAGGUUCAUCUUCCCCGGGCAGAAGCUGGAGAAGAAGAUUGUCGUCCUGCCGUAGAACUUUGGGAGAACUUUUGAAGAGCAGAACCAACCGGGCUGAAGCCGGGAAGUUCUGCAUCAGCUUCUCCUUCAGCGUGCAGAUCCGGGUCAAUUCAUACCUGUAAAGCAGGGGUGUCCAAUGUGCGGCCCGGGGGCCAUUUGUGGCCCCUGUACUGGUUUUGUGCGGCCCCCUCAGACUGCAUUUCAAAAAAAGGUUUGACAGAUGGAAACGUAUUAUUUGUACUUAAUAUAACUGAAUUCAAAUAUUCAAUUAGUUCAAAUAUAAUUGAAUGUUGGGUACAAAAGAAAACAUUUGCCUUUUAAGAACCACACUUUUUUACAUUAUUUUUAAUUUAACAGUAAACAGGACCGCAUCUGUCUGACUUUUAAUCAAACGUAGACGUUGGUGCAUUAAAAUCUGAUUGGAAUUUGUUUAAAAAAAAUUUCAUAUUUUGUAGCACAAGUUAAAAAAUAUAUAUAUUAUGGUUAUGUCAUUUAUUUGUAUUAAUUCUAUGGCCCAUGAGUGAUUUUUAGACUCGACAAUUUCGGCCCUCAAGCCGUAAAGUUUGGACACCCCUGCUGUAAAGAAACCAUUUAUAGCCUUGGCUGUGGGCAUAAUUGGUCAUAAAAAGGCUUAAAUGGGAUUUCUACUCUAAUUCACUUACAUAAAAUUUUCACUUACAUUGUGUUGCUCUAUAUUUCCAUUUAUUUUGGUUUUGAUCCCCUUUGGAACGAUCGUGACCCCUGAUUAAACCAAAAUGUAUUCUAA